GGAUGGGCUGAUGAUGAUAAACGAUGAGCUUGGCAGUUGGAUUCACAAAAGAGCCCACUCAAAGGAACACCUGCAACACUACAGUCUCAUUAAACAUCCGAAAAUUGAAAGAGUCAAGAAAGAAAAUCAGGAAUUCUGAUAAGAACCAGGCACACUAUAGGAUGGCUCAACCAAUCAAGACCAGAUUACCAACUGAACCAACAAACUGUACAAGCGAAGCCACCAACAACAACAGUCCUCAAUCAGCCAUAACAACCACCAGCAACAACAACAGCACCAGCACCCUGCAGCAACCAACAGCAGCAACAGCAACAACAGCAGCAACAACAACAACAACAACAACAACAACAACAGCAGCAGCAGCAACAACAACAACAGCCACCACUGAUCAUCAGCAUGAGCUUAGUCAUAUCACCACCAAGUCGAACAAGAAGCAGAAGGCCGACCGAAGCUCAACAUCAGCAGAAACCCAUUAUAUCACUCACUCAGCCACAAGACGCUCAACCGCAACCACCAAAUCACAUCACAGCAGCCAACUGUACAGCAAACUACAGCUGACCAAGCCAACAACAGCAACAACGACCACUAACCUGUUCACCUUCAGCCGACCGGAUUUCUUCAAGCGGAUCACCACCACCAUCACCACCUCAAUCCCAACCAGCUCAACCACAACCCCAACCAGCUCACCAGUCACAGCAGUCAACAACCACCAACACGGUCAACAGCAACAACAACAACAACACGGUCAACAGCAACAACAACAACACGGUCAACAACAUCCAAGCCCAACUACAACCACAACCACAAACAGGCCAGACGAAGAACCAUCCUCACCCAGGGCUGCAUCCAUCAUCUCAAACAACUCAUCCUCAACCACAAACCAACACCACCACCCACCACCACCACCACAUACGACCAUCAAAAACCACAAGAAGGAGAGCAGCAUCUCUUCGAUCACCGGAAUCGGACUAUCCUCCAUCGGAUUCCUCGUCAACUCAGCCGCCAAUCUAGCCCAUUCAUCACAUCAUAACAACAACAACACCUCAAACAACAACAACUCAAGCAAUACCAUGAACUUCUCAACCAUCUCAUCCACCACUAAACCAGUCAUCCGCCAUAUCACCUCCUCCUCAACACUCGCCUCCAUCAACAACAAUCAAACCCUACUCUCACUCUCAAAACCAGAUCCAUCAUCCUAUCCCAACAACCUACUCAACUCAUCCUCUUCUCAUCACAAUCCAAACCCCCCUACCGAAUCAAACCAUAACCUCAGCGGAUUGAUUCUCAAACCGGGCGACGUUUGGAGUCAGGUCAUCCUAAGAGUCAUCCCACUAUUCAACGGUGAAGGGCACAAAGGUUUCAUCGAAGAUCUUAACGACUUUGUCUCUCAACAUAUCCAUAAGACCAUUGCCGAUUCACCAUCAAAAUCAAUCAUCAAACUACACUCUGAUAUCACUGAACUACUGGCCAAUGGCGUCAUGAUCCUCAAUAACAAACUUCAACCAGACCAGCUCACAGACGAACGACUACUCGUCCGGGUCUUCGAAGUCUGGCACUUCUUCUUCACCGGCGUCUUGCCCUAUCUAGAAGCCAUCUUUCUACCACUCAUGUCGGACGAAAACUUGCUAAAUAUGAUCGAAAGCAAAAAUAAUAAAGUCCUCCAGGAACGUCUCCAACAACAGCAUCUACUACAUCAAGCUACUACCAAUGCCAGCCUGUUCAGCUCCAGUUCGAGUUCUAUCUUGUUCCGUCAAUCCAAUCGAAAUAAUCCUAUCACUCAACAACCCAAAAACCGUUCGACUGGCUCUCCUAACGCUCGAGCGGAUCAGGAAGUCAUCCAAGGUAUCGAUAUCCGAAAACUCGCACUCAUCGCAUUCCGUGAACAUCUGAUCGUACCCAUCUACGCACGUCUCUAUAAGCUAUUCGUGAUGCUCUAUGAUCCCAACGCCCUCCCACAAUCAUCCAACUCACCCGGCUCCAUCGACUCUCAAUCCUCCGAACACAUGCAUCUCAAACGAUUACAGAUGGUCGGACUACUCUGCUCAGUUCAAACGGAUGAUUCCAGACAGUCGAUGAUGGCUGAGUUCAGUAAACUAAUCCGACUGAAGAAGGCCAAUCCAGACUUAUUAGUCAAACUACCGUCCAGUACCACCAUCCGAAAUAUCCCCCCUCGAACUGCCAGCGCCAACCCUAAUGCGGCCAGUCCCGGUAGUAACAAUGGCACUCGCGACGUAGCAGGAACCAAAAACCCUUACACUCGAGAUCGCAGUGAAUCCUCCUCCUCAUCUCACUCCCGUGCCUCUCCUCCACAACAACAAACCCCUCGACAAAGUACAUCCAACUCAACAACAACAACAACAACAACAACAACCAAUUCGAAUCUGAAUCUCCACCCAGAAGAAUAUGAUGACGAUCGACCGCUGGUGAACCUUCUAGACGAUGAGAUCGAGUCCCAGCAUAUCAAGGGAUGGAACAAAAAUCGCGACUUUGCCAGACGGAGUAUCCGUCGACAACUAGGAAGGAAUGGCACGGCGAUCCGUCGGAUGAGCCGAGCGAAUGACGAGAAUUUCUCCCAACAACCGCUGGCCACCAACUCCAUGAGAAGGCCGGAGAGAGUCCAAAGGAAUCGCGGAAAUCAUCCAUCGGCUCCACGGAACAUAGAAGAUGGAACUCCAGACUCCUCGCCGGCUCAUCCCAACGGAUCCCCCCUGGGGGGCCCGACGAGCGCGACGAUGACGACAGCAACCUUCUCGAGCCAGGGGGCGGGGCGCGCAAGUUUUGAAGACGAGGAGCAGUCGCUCGAGUACCUCUCUGAUCGGGUGUAUUCUUACUACCCUCAGACGGACGCCAAAGAAUCGAGUCAGCGGAGCCGGGUGCAUGGCGGGACGACAAAGACCGGAUCGGCCUCGUCCAACGGCUCCGUGCUCUCCAUCCUCUUGCCGCCCACCUCCUCCUCGACCAGCGCCAGCGCGUCUAGCCACCACAACCCUCGCGUCCACAACCUCACCGGAGCCAUCUCGACCACUGCCAAGUCCGACGAGCUCGAUAGCCCCUCCAUGUCUACCUAUCCUUCCUCCCACGACACCACCGCCCAUCCCUCCACCUCCUCCAAACUCGCCACCUCCAUCAACCGUCUCAACAACCCCAGCCAUCCCUCUCCCUCACAGUCUUCUCAAUACCUUCCCACUCAGCCUCUUCGUCCUUAUCAUCACCAACAUCUUCAACACCAUCCUCAUCAUCCUCAUCAACAACCUCAUCUAAACCUUAGUAUCGAACCCCUCAAACUCUCCCAUUAUCGCUCCCGAUCUUCCUCUAACCUUUCUAAAGAAUCCUCAACCAUUCUUCCUGUCAAUCAUCAUCAACCUCAUCAACUCAGUCAUCCCACCCUCUCCUCUUCUUCCUCGUCUUCUACUGGGCCUCCAACCCCUCAAUUUUAAAAAAACACU